UCCAUGUCUGUAGAAGCUUCAAGCUAGCUAGUUGAGUUGUAUGGUUGUAACUAGGGGUGGAUGGGUGGCAUGGAUGGUAAAUAGACGGGAAAUCAUCAGAAUAAAAAAUAACACUGACUCGCAAAAAUGACAAACGUAUACUCUUUUGACGGGAUCCUGGUGUUUGGACUCCUGUUUAUUUGCACAUGUGCAUACCUCAAAAAGGUCCCCCGACUCAACAGUUGGUUGCUGUCAGAGAAGAAAGGGGUGUGGGGCGUCUUUUAUAAAGCGGCGGUGAUUGGGACACGGCUUCACUUCGCGGUAGCGUUAUCCUGUCUCUCAAUGGCUUUCUACGUGGUCUUUCUGAAAUGAUAGAGGCAUACAUCAUACAUGGACACUGUUGUGUGAACUAUGUGCCCCGAGUGGUCAAGAGGUGUAGGGGUGUGUCAGGCAAACACUGCCCCCCUCUGGUCAGUUUUUGGAACGCCUUGUCACCAAACCUCUUAAGUCCUUGAUUCCUACCGCUUCGUCUUUCCUGAAACCAGUCUCUCCGCACAAGGAGAAAAAUCUCACCGUCAGGUGCACACAUCCCUGUUGGUUCUUGUCAGAGCAACUAUUCCCCUUUAAAGAUGAGUUCUGGAAAAGUUCUGGAAACCAAGGAGGGUAAAACAAGGCGAAGGUUUGGCCCAAUGAACAGAACCAAGAAUUCUGUCCCAAGACAGGAAAAACUACUAUUCCCGUAAAUACGGACUCUACGACUUUCCUUAUGAUAAAAUAUGCCAUCUCACAUGACUAAAUAGAAUUCAAGCUCAGUCUUCCUCGUUCUGUAAAUUAAACCCAUCUGGUAGGCCAGAUGACUUAUUGCCUAUCAGUACUUACAGAGAUAUUGUGGCAAGAGCUGGAUUAGUAACUGUUACCAGUGCAGGCAUACUGACUGCCAACAUGUAAUUCAUUUUUUUGUAAAAAGCUGCUUGUGGUUAAAAAUGAAGGGCUGUGAUCCUGGGUGUGUGGUGAAGGGUGGUGGUGGGUAGUCAACUUCCCUGUGUUGGGGUUAAGUAUUGCAGCAAGAUUAUGUUGAAAUAUGUUGAGACAGAAUAGAACAUUUCUAUCCAUCUCCAAUUUUACUGUGUUUUAAUGCCAAGCUCAUAAGAAAAAGACGGAUGUGAGUUUGUGACUAAGAGGAAGAGUUGAAAUCGGGAAGUGAACGUUUUUUAGAACUUUGUCAUGCUUUUUCAUUCCAUGUUCAUUUUUUGCACCUGUCUACUUGUGAUUGUAAUUUCUUAUUAAUAUCUCAAUUAUGAUCCCUUCUGCGUUCAGACUCACUCAUUAUCUGUAACAUUUUCCAUCAGCUGAUCUGCUCUUGUCACAUAAAGACUUGGAUGUUAGUGUGAAAUUAUUUGUAUAUACAUUGUGAAGCACAGAAAAUAUAUAGUUAAACCCUGAA